AGUAUCAAUUGAAUCAAGAAAAAAAAAAUCAAUUUUAGAAUCCCUGAAUCAAAACAAAACCAUAUAUCUAUAAAACAGUGACCCACUCACCCACCACACACAAUCACAAACUUUUCAGAAUUGAAUCAGAAAGCAUGAGUAACAAAGGUCUCAAGAUUUGCUUGGUCUUGUUUCUGUUUUUACUCGUCAUUGUUUCAGUUGGGAUGGUAACCUUAUUUUUAACAGUUUUCAAACCCAAGGAUCCAAACAUCAUGGUCCAACCUGUUGGUCUUGAACACUUCAACUUGUCUCUUUUGACCAAUUUGACUGCAAAUGUGAGUCUGCCAAUGGUGAUCACUAUGGUGAAUCCAAACUUUGGAAGCUUUGAAUACCCCGAAGCCAUGGGUUAUGUGAAUUUCCAUGGUGGCAUUGUGGGUGAAGUUCCGAUACAGGGAGAGUUUGUGCCAGCACGUGAACAGAUCGUAGUGGACGCUUGGGCCAAUUUGAUGCUACAGAAGGUGGUCACUGAUACCAGAUUUUGGGCAGAUGUUCUAAGUGGAUCGUUGAAUUUCACAUCAACAGCUGCAUUGCCUGGGAAAGUUGAAAUGCUCAAGAUUUUGAAGUUGAAAGCCACUGUUUAUAGCACUUGUGAUUUCUCCAUUGACUUAACCUCUAGGAAUGUUGAUAGCAAAUGCAGUGCCAAAAUUAAGCUUUGAUUGCUUGUAGUCAAGGGGUUUUUUGCAUAACUAUUACCCUUUUUUUCUCUGUUCAA